UAUGUUAAAAAUAUUCAUUACCUACUAAAUAACCCGUGUUAUUUGUGUUUUUUAGUUACCCAGCACGUAAGAAAUUGUGGACCGCAAUUGUUUCUGAUCAGCCGCAAGGGAGGAACGCUUCUAACCAUCAACAACUUCAUUUACCGCUCCAAUCUCAAGUUCUUUGGCAAGGAAAAUAAUAUUUUGUACUGGGAGUGCGUCCAAAAUCGAUCUGUGAAAUGUCGGAGCCGCUUAAAGACCAUAGGGGAUGAUCUCUAUGUGACCAAUGAUGUGCACAAUCAUAUGGGCGACACUCAGCGGAUUGAAGCAGCUAGGGCUGCUGGUAUGCUGAUCCACAAAAAACUUAGCUCUCUCACACCCGCUGACAGGAUCCACGGUACCUGGCGUCUAGAGCCAGAGAUCCAAAUUGAACAUGUAUAAUCGAGUUUAGACAUUCCCCUCACAUCGAACUUUUGUUAAGGUUAAGCUUACUCUAUAAUUGCCCUUAAAAGUUGUAUUUCUAACUUAGACUGAGUGUCCAGAGACUAGUUAGGUUGGGUAAGUACUUUCGUGUUACCUGGCACUUCAUGACAGGAGUUAUGUGAUUUGUGUGUCCAUUAUGGCUCAUUUCUCACUGCUUUUAUGCUUUUUGCCAAUACAUCGAAUAAGGCACAGGCAUUACAACUUUUGAACUGGAAAUAAAACACUUAACAAAGCAGAAACUUAACUUAUGGUAGGAAUAUUUUGUUAAACUUAAAUUCUAUUAGUUUUCGGAAGUAUUUAGUUUUCAGUAAAGUAUCAACGAAAUUCAAA